AGCCCAAUAUAUGGCUCCGGCCCACUAUAUAUUUUUACUCACUCACUCACACCGUCAAAAUUUCUUUCAAGCGCCUUUUUCCACCGUCUUCCUUUCGAUAGGUCACUCACGCACAGCGGCGGCGAGUUUGAACGGCGGCGAAGAUGCUUACAACUGAUAUACCUCCUAACCAGACAAUUUACAUUCGGAAUAUCAACGAGAAAGUCAAGAAAGAAGAGCUGAAGAGAUCUCUUUAUGCCUUGUUCUCGCAGUAUGGAAGGAUUUUGGACGUCGUUGCAUUAAAAACUCCCAAGCUUCGGGGGCAGGCAUGGGUUGUGUUCAGUGAAGUGACAGCUGCAAGCAAUGCUGUACGACAGAUGCAAAACUUCCAGUUUUAUGAAAAGCCUCUGAGAAUCCAAUAUGCUAAAUCAAAAUCAGAUUGCAUUGCUAAAGCAGAAGGUACCUAUGACAAGAAAAAGAAACUAGAGGAAAAAGCUGAGAGAAAGAAACGUGUUGAAGAAGGGCAGCCAGCUCCUGCUGCUAGUGGUCCAAGAGCUGAUAGUAAUGGAGGCCCAUCUGCUGCCUCUCGGCAAGGAAAGCCAAGUGCACAAGAAGCAGCAGCUGAGCCCAACAACAUACUCUUCAUACAAAAUCUGCCUUAUGAAACAAACAGCAUGAUGCUAGAGUUGCUUUUCAAACAGUACCCUGGCUUUAGAGAAGUUCGGAUGGUUGAUGCGAAGCCAGGUAUUGCCUUUGUAGAAUUUGAAGAUGAUUCGCAAUCUUCAGUUGCCAUGCAGGACCUUCAAGGCUUCAAAAUAAAUCCCCAGAAUGCCAUGGUGAUCACGUAUGCCAAAAAAUAAGGGUUCAUGUGUUGUGGCCGAGUGCUGCCUAUCUGUUAAUGUCAAGUAAUUGUAAUAGUUGUGCAUUUGUGGGAAAAGCUGCCUGAUCCUUGUUCUAAUCAUUGCGGCUCAUUAUGAAACCAUGUGCAGGAAGAAAGGAAAACGGUAUUCUGAUUUUAGUUGAAUCCUCUAUCAUGCAGAAGUUGUGGUGGAUUUCUAUUUGAGAUGUAUGUAGAUUUUUGAAGCGACUAA